GAGAGAGAGAGAGAGAGAGAGAGAGACUGAAGUAGCAAAUCUGUUUCCUGUAUUACAACUUAGUUCCUUAACAGUUGUUUUACCGCGGCAGCCGGUAAAAGUUUGUCAAAAGUAUCGGAAAAUGCAAGCAAUAAAGUGUGUGGUGGUCGGAGAUGGAGCUGUGGGAAAGACCUGUCUUCUCAUCAGCUACACUACCAAUGCUUUCCCUGGGGAGUACAUUCCCACAGUGUUUGAUAACUACUCAGCAAAUGUUAUGGUGGAUAGCAAACCGGUCAACCUGGGCCUUUGGGAUACAGCUGGUCAGGAAGACUACGACAGACUGCGGCCACUGUCCUACCCUCAAACGGAUGUGUUUCUCAUCUGUUUUUCUCUGGUGAGCCCAGCCUCGUUUGAAAACGUCAGAGCCAAGUGGUACCCAGAGGUGAGGCACCACUGCCCUUCCACUCCUAUUAUUCUGGUCGGCACCAAGCUCGAUUUGAGAGAUGAGAAGGAGACCAUCGAGAAGCUGAAGGAGAAAAAACUGGCACCAAUCACUUACCCACAGGGUCUUGCAUUGGCCAAAGAAAUCGAUGCAGUAAAAUACCUGGAGUGCUCUGCUCUCACUCAGAGAGGUCUGAAGACAGUGUUUGAUGAGGCCAUUCGCGCUGUGCUCUGCCCACAGCCCACCAAGGUCAAGAAGAAGGGCUGUGUGCUGCUCUAAGGAUGCACGAUUUGUCGCUGUAAAGCAGGUACCACAGAAAUCCACUGGUUUUCUCCCGAAAAUCAUCAAGGGAGGCAUUUACAUUGCGAAAGCCUUUCUUCUCUUUUUAGCAGAAUAUAAUCUUGAAUAUGAUGGCAGUGAAAUAUUAUUUGUUCUUUAGAAAAUAUUUAAUCAUAUUUUUACUGAUGUAUUGUGUUAUAUUGUGAUUGGUUGUGUUGGAGUGUUUUUGUCGGGUACGCAGUCGUUCUCUAGACAGAAUAACAGAGAUGAUCUUUAUUUCUGGACCACAAAAAAGUACUUGUUACACAGAGUCGAACUCUGAUUAUUUUGACCUAUGAAUCACAUCCACAUAAUACUUGUGUAUUCAUUUCGGGCAACAAUGGCCAAAAUAAACUGUUUCCAGAAA